CUUUCUUUCUCUUUUUCUCAUAAUACAAUACAUUUAAAUUAAUUUGUCAUCGUAUAUAUUUAGUUUUGUGAGAUCAUCGUAGAAAGUUUAACAUGUGUUCGUACGAUAAAUCGUUAAUCCUAUUUGAAAUUUUUCGUUCACGACGAUACAUAAUUUUCGUUAACGAGGUCCUAAGUGUCCUCUCUUGAGAUUUCCCGCGCGAUGUACGACAACGUACGUAUCGAGGGACCGAUAAAGUGUUGUCAGAUCGCGUGUUCUCUUCUUGGGAUCGUGCGACGAUUGGUGAAGUCUAUUCGUGACACAAUGUUGGAAUUCUUUACACCUGUGCAAGGUUCUUUGAAUCGGCAGCCGGAACCGGGACAACCCGUACCUGCUGGACCAUCUCUUCCAUUUCGUUCAACUGGAGACAACAAUAACGCAGAAUCGUCGGUUUCCGUGAAGACGGAAUCCGGACUACUGGAAACGAUCUGUGCUGGAUGCGGACGUACGAUCACGGAUAAGUACGUGAUGAGAGUAAUGGAAAGAAACUAUCACGAGGAGUGCCUCUCGUGUGCGGCAUGUGCCGCACCGUUGUCGCAAUCCUGUUUCAUACGUGACCUCAAGUUUUAUUGUCGAUCCGAUUACGAGAGGAUCUUUAGCGUUAAGUGUGCCCGAUGUAUGGAGAAGAUCAGCUGCAGCGAGAUGGUCAUGAGAGUUGCCGGUUUGAUCUUCCACAUGGAAUGUUUUGCCUGCUGCAUGUGCGGCCAACCAUUGCAAAGAGGCGCUCAUUAUAUUUUGCGUCAGGGACAACCUAUUUGCCUUCAGGACUUGGAACACGAGCUUUAUAUGAAAAGUCCUCAAGAUGACGAUUUAUUGGACGAAAAUCGACCACGUGAUGGUAGAAGGGGACCUAAACGGCCACGGACCAUCCUCACAUCGGCUCAAAGGCGACAGUUCAAAGCGUCCUUUGAAGUCUCGCCAAAGCCUUGCAGGAAGGUACGAGAGGCCCUGGCAAAGGACACGGGUCUCAGCGUUCGCGUCGUACAGGUCUGGUUUCAAAAUCAAAGGGCGAAAAUGAAGAAGCUUCAGAGGAAAGCGAAAACAGAACCUGGGUCGGACAAAGAGCCUAAGGAAGAACGAAGGACGGAAAGUCCUCAUAGCGAUCACAGUCAUUACUUGAAUGCCAUAAAUAUGCGCGACGGUGAAUCAUCGAAUUUUCCUUCGUCAACACAACCGCUUAACCCUAAUCAUCCCUUCUCACCGGACGACAAUUAUCCAGCUAACUCUGGUGAAAGUUUCUGCACUACGGAUGAAUCCCUUGACGGUGUCGUUGGCUUUGAGAUUGGCGAAAAUGAAAGUGGUGGUGCGGAUGGAAGUCAUCAGGGUGGUUCUCAUUCCCAUCAUGGUUCUUCAUCUCACGAAGCACCCUCGUUGUCUCAGGGUUUACAUGCGGCUAUUCACAAUCCUAUCGACAAACUGUUCAUGAUGCAGAGUAGUUAUUUCAGUGGUGAUCACGCGUAAUCAUAAGUUUUUUCCGUGUUGUAUAUUAUUUCUAUCCUUCUUCUUCUAUCUCUCUUUCUCUCUUUUUCUCUCUCUCUUUCUUCCUCUCUUUCUAUUUCUCUCUCUCUCUCUCUCUGUCUCUGUCUCUGUCACUUUUUCCCCUUUAACGAAAGAAGCAAAAAUAUGUUGGCUUGUUCUAACGAAAAAGAAACGAAAAAUGACAUUAACAAAAUAAAAAAGGAGCUAAGAAGUUUUAUCAUCAUUGCUCGUUUUAUAUACAGUGUAUCCUUGUAAUUGACUGUACAAAAAUUAACAGUGGGAAUGAUUUGUUUUCUUUUUUUUUUUUUUUACCACGAAAAAUUAAAUCAUAACAUAUAGUUUUGUUAUUGAGAUAAUUAGAUUUGAAAAUUUAUUUUACGCGUGCAACACUUUGAUACAUUUUUGUGCUUUUUUAAUAAUAUAUUUAUUAACAUUGUCACAGUUAUAGGAUGAUAUAUCUUAUAUUAAUUUUGAUUUUUAUGUUCAACGAACGAGGCUUUUAAUAAUUUUCAGGAUUGUAAACUCACAAUCAUGUAUAUUUGACUAAUUUUAUUCUACAUUUUUGAUUUCAUUUUCCGUGAACAAUCAUUCUCUGUUUGCUUGUACUAUCACUUACACGACAUCCUGUAUAUAUAUAUAUAUAUUAUAUAUAUAGGUAUAUGCAGGAUGUUUCAAGAUAUGGGAUCAUAAUUUUAAAGGUUAUUUCAUUAUGUUAAAAUAAGAAAAAUGUAUCUACAAUCAUAUGUUCCAAUACUAGCCUUGUUUCUAAAUUAUAAUCAUUGUUGUAUUAUACAUUAUCGUAAUGUAAAUUAUCGCAGAAAUGUAUUAACAACAAAUGACCACACUGUUAUCUCAUCAACAGAUUGUACUCUGAAUUGAUUAAAAAUAUUUAAUAUUUACAGAGCAGACAAAAAAAAAGUGGUAUAUAAGAGAUAAAAAGCUUACUUGUAAAUAAUUCAAUCAAAAAGAAGCACAGUUCAGUAUAAUAUAAUUAUAAAUUAUUAUAAAGACAUAAGCAACAAUAAUUUGGAAACAAGGUAAUAUCGUGAAAUAUGAUAAUAAGAAAUUUGUCCUUUUUUUUUCAUUUGAAACCCAAUCCCUGUGUGAAAUUAUUCCCAAAUAUUUUGAUACGUUCUGCAUAUACAGAGAGAUUCGUUUCAUUGGUGUGCGUUAAUGGGGGUGAAAAAGGGUAUAUAUAUAAAUAAAUGAAUAAAUAAAUAAAUAAAUAAGAAAUGUGUGGAGAGAGAGCGUGUAAUAACGAUGUGACGUGUAUGAAGAAAAUUAUCAAAAGGGGAGAAAACAAAACGGAACACAAAAAUAAGGAGAAAACAAAAAAAAAAAAAACAAAAAAAAAAAACAAAACAAAAAGAAGAGAUAAUGAAGAUUCUGCUGUGCUAAUGCAAAAGUGCAAGCAUUUAUUAUUGUACGAUGUAUCCUUCGAUUUUCCCAUGUAUAAAAAGGCGUAUAUUUAAACAAUCAAACACCCUAAAUGCAAAUUUAUUCGGAAAUUAAUACCAAAUUUCCCCACACCAUUCCGCAACAUUCUAUCCUUAAUUUUUGUUAACAAACAUAUAAAGUGUUUUCAAGAAGACGAAUGAGAAGUAUAAUAAUAAGAAUAUCUUUAAUACAAGGAUAGAAACAAAUGAAACGUA